AUGUUGGUACAAAGUUUCCACCCAAGUACAAUCUCAAGGUCCUCGUCAAACUGGAAUUCAGAGACCGGCAAAACAACUGUCGUUACAUACUUGGUCGACUCUGAAAUCAAUGGGGAUCCUAUACGCAAGGUGAGAGGCAGUCGCUCGCUGACGAUUCUUCGUCCAUCGCAAUUCGAGAUAACCAAAUAACUCAACGUCCAGAUUCCCUCAACUUCGUCCCGAUGAAAUUCGCUCAGUUGUACUUAGCCACACGGUCGAUUUUGCAUGCUUUACCGAGACAUGGUUGACAGACUCAGUUCACAACAAUGUUAUUAAAUUACAGGCUUUAACAUUGUUAAUGCCGCGUUAAUGGCCAACAUGGUGGUGUUUGUUGUUAUGUCAACGACUCUGUUCCCUACGAGGUCUUAUCUCAGUAUCAUCAUGACUUCAUCAUACUUCCUCCUGUGAAGAUAAGUCCCAACUAUUCAUCACAGAGUUAAAGCAAGGUGUCGAUUGCUAUCUUCCACAAAGGACAGUAAAAGUUCACCAAACAGAUCGCCCAUGGAUGACAAAUAAACUCAAGAUAUGGAUCAGAAAACGCCAAACCGCAUUCCAAAGACGUGGUAAAAACUCGUCCAUAUAUAAACACUGGAGGAAUAAAAUUCAAAGGGAAAUUAAAGCGGCCAAGUCACAUUAUUAUAAACAUAAAGUUGCAGAACUGGGACAGACUAACCCCGGAAAUGGUGGAAACAAAUAAAAAGUCUUAUGGGACAAGACAUUCAAUAGGAAUGGCAUUAUCAAUUUCUUGGUGACAAUGGGAAUGUUAAGAUACUCGCAGAUAGAGUCAAUGACUUCUUCUUGAGCGUAACUGAGAACUUUUCACCGUUAUCGCCUCUUUGUCCAACUCAGCAUGUCCCAAACGAGUUCCUUGUUUCUGAAGCAGAGGUUUAUCGAUCAUUGUCAUCUCUACAAGUAGCCAAAUCUGUUGGACCGGACGAACUCCCAAAUAAAGUAUUAAAGGAAUUUGCUACGGAGCUUUCUCCAGUCAUUCAGGAUAUCUACAAUCAGUCCAUUAAGGAAGCAUAUAUCCCAGAUUUACUUAAAUCCUCAAUUAUAUCUCCAAUACCGAAUGUAACCACACCACAAUCAAUUGAAAGCGACUUACGUCCAAUAUCCCUAACAUGCAAUUUGGCUAAAAUUAUGGAGGGAUUUUUCUGUAGGAGACUUCUAUCACAGCUGGCACGAAAAAUUGAUCCCCGUCAGUUUGCUCGUAAGGGUCACUCCACUACGGAUGCACUACUAUUUUUACUUCAACCCGUCUACGAGGCCCUCGAUAGCGGAAAUGCUUGUGCUCGUUUCUUUUUUGCCGACUUUUGCAAAGGGUUCGACCGUAUUGACCACCAUAUUCUCAUGAAGGAGCUGAUGGAAUUGGAUAUUCAUCCUGUUUUAUAUAAUUGGAUUAACGCUUUUCUUUCUAAUAGAAAACAAGCUGUCAGAAUAGGGGAGACUUUGUCAGACUGGAAAUCCCCAAAUGGUGGUAUACCUCAGGGAACUAAACUUGGUGUUAUUCUUGUCUCGGUUAUGACAAAUAAGCUAAUAUCUGACUGGCAUUUAAGGACAAAGUUUGUCGAUGACACAGCUGCGCUAGAGAUUAUUCCCAGGAACUCAAUUAGUUAUCUGAACCAUACG